UUACGGGUUAAAAAAAAACUUUGGGAGGAGAGCAUUUAAAAGAAGCAUGUAAACCUGAUUUGUUAGAUUUCCUGGACGCUAAAUGUAACUUUGAAAAAAAAAAAAAAAACACCUCUUAAUGUUGAUUAUGGAGCUGAAGUGUUCAUUUAUUUGGAAUAAGAUGAGGAAAUAUUAUCAGCGUGCGUAACUGUGACGGAUGGAUCCCUCUAAGCUGUGAGCGCCGGGACAAAACUCUCCACGGAAUCCCAACCUUGCGUUUUUAGAGGACUUCAUUGACACCUCUACUUUAACUCAUUGGGCGUGCUCGUUUUUGAGUCUCUGCUCUUGUAUCCCUGUCAACCUCAUCCCUGUAACGAUGUCUGGAAACCAAAACAAUACAAAUUGUACUAAUCUUGAGCCAAAUAGUUUGAUCUUCACUCUGGGUUCAUCCUACAUCCUGGCCAUCAGUGUGCUUGGAAUCAUCUUUAAUGCAUUUGUGCUGAUGGUUUUCUGCUUCCACAAGAAAGCCUGCACAGUAGCUGAGAUCUACUUGAGCAACUUGGCUGGAGCUGACUUUGUUCUGGUGUGCUGUUUGCCCUUCUGGGCUGACUAUGUAGGACAGGGCUUUAAUUGGGCUUUCAGUGAGAGCCUGUGCAAAGUGAUACCUGCCAUAAUAAAAAUGAAUGCAUUCUGCAGCAUUUACUUCCUUGUUCUGGUUAGCAUAGAUCGUUAUGUGGGUCUGGUGCACCCACUUUCCCAUCACAGCAUGUGUAGGCCAUUUUAUGCCAAGCUGGCAUGUGUAGUUGUGUGGAUUCUUGGCGUUAUCUUUGCACUCCCCGUAUUAAUCUACAGGAAGUUAAUCCCCAGUACAUCAAAUAUUACUGCAUGUGACAUUCUCUUCACUAAAGACCAACAUCUAGUAUAUGAGACAAUAACCAUAAUCUUCAGCUUCGUAAUCCCUGUUUCCAUUAUUUCCCUCUGCGCUCUCAAGAUUAUUCAAGCACUGAGAAACAGGCCAAAGGGGCAUGGGACAGAGCAGAAAGCUACCACUCUCAUCGUGGUAGUUCUUCUGGCAUUCCAAAUUUGUUGGGGUCCAUUCCAGUUGAGCAGGAUACUAGAUGUGCUUGAACGUGUUGGUAUUGUGAGGUGUCACACCAUACUUGACAUCUACAAACAAAUUACUGUGUACUUAGCUUUUUUCAACAGUGUCCUUAACCCCAUUCUCUAUGUUGCCAUUGGGAGAAACUUCCAGAAAAGAGCAAAGGAAUUCUUAAUGCCGCAGACAUAUAAGAAAACAAGAAGCGCACGUUCCUCAUGAGCACACCCCACAAGUGUUAAAUCUAACAAUGGCUUAAGAUAAGCAGGAUUGUGACCUUUUGAGUUUUGAGGUGUGCUGCUGUGAUUGGUGAUUUUAUACAACGAC